AUGAGUGAUGAUGAAGAAGAAAAUAUCAAUCAAAAUACUCAAUCACCACAAUGUAUUGUUCAUGUUGAUUUCAUCGGACAACGAGUUAACUUGCUCUGCAAAUUAUCGCCCAAUCUUGAUUGUGUAGGCGCAUCACUCAAUUUUAACCAUUCAAUAUUGAGCAUAACGACGAGCCGAAUUUUGUACAAACAAAACAAUAACGGAGCUAGUUUAGUAGUAACCAAUAACGAGAACAUUCCGAUAGCUCAACCAGUUGCUACCAUCGGAAAUGUACCAUCCGUCAACAGCUAUGAAAACAAUCACAACAAGUUUAAUGAGAGAUUUCAGAUUGUGUCUAAUUUGAAAUCAUUCCUGACGAUGGAAAAAGAACAUGAUCCCAACAACAAUGGCGAAAAACUUUCUCCUCGCAUGCCCAGUAUUACUUCUCAUUCAUCAUCGGAAGAACGGAUUGUCCUCUAUGAGUCCUACUUCAUUGAAGUCAAGACAAAAGCUUCAAAACAAAACAAAUCACCCCAAACGUUAUUUAAAAAGACAGAACUACCCCACUCUAUACAAUUUAUUCACAGUAAUCGAAUGAAAAAUGGAAAGAAUUAUUUCUUAUUUCUUUCAUCGAGUUCUAUUCAAAUAUUUUCAUUCACAGUUGAUGCAAAAACAGGAUCAAUGAAGGGACCUCCAAAAGAAAGCAAAACGUUAUUUUCAAAAAGUUUACCAGAUGGAGACACAUCAACAUCAUUCACAUCGAUAUUUUCAGGAAUAGGGAAUAAGUCUCCUCAAACGAAUGAAGAUCAUGAGAUGAUUUGGUAUCAGUGGGAUGGAGACACUCACUUUUUAUAUUUUAUUGUUCGAUCAUCCUUAAAUGCCAAUUUUUCAUUAGGCAAAACGAAUUUAAUAUUGUACAGCUGGCAUAUUGACAUGGAAGAAUUGCAACAAAUUUACAAAUACCCAAUUUUGAAUCAUUUACCUCCAGAUCUCAUACAUUUUGGCUCCAAAUAUUUCCCUGUAUCGAAAACAAUUGAUCCUUUUGCUGAUGCUCAUUUCAAAAUCAACACCCUUACUCCCAGUUUUUUCAAUUCUUUUUUCUUAGAGGCAUCCACUAUUAGAAUGCAAAUAAUCAAAUUAGAAAAUAACAGCGACAUUCUAUGCAUGCAAUACAAAGAUCUACGACCCAGUCUCCAAACAAAUUUGCUGAACGUGUAUAUAUACCAUUUUCGAGAAAGAAAAUGCCUCAAAAUUAACCUUCAAUCCAAGUUUUAUCUUCUGAUCGGAAAAUAUAAGCGAGAUAAUUUAAUUCUUUUGUUACCUUCCAAGUAUUUACAACUUAUCAAGGGAUCAACCUUAUCAACAAUUUUCCAAUUUAACAAGAAUCAAUUUAAUCUAUCACUCCACAACGAGAUCCCUGUCAAGUUAGAUGAGCCGCAUCUUGUACCCGUUUUUGGUCAUAUUGAGGGUCAUUUCAUGAAUUUGAAAAAUGGAUGCAUAUUUAGUUUUGAUUUGAUGAUACCAUAUUUAACAAGCUCACAUUGGCUCCAAAUUCCUGAUCUCGUUAACGAUCAAUUCAUUCCUGUAUUAGAGUUUUUACUAUUGCAUUAUUCCAAAGAUAUUUCACUUCAAUUCCUGAGUUAUUUAUUUUACAGUAUGGAAAAAUCACCUCACAAGAAAAAUAUCCACUUUACCAAACUAAUCUCGCUGGGAAUGAAAGAAUAUAUGAUAGGUGCCUGUUAUCAAAAGGCAACUAUAAAAGGAAUGGAUAUAGAUUUCAUUAGUCUACUUCCCUCUAGCCGACACAACUUUUAUGAGAGCGUUUUAGGAGUCACUUCCAGUAUUAUCAAAAAGAAACAACUUAACAACAUGGGAAGUGUCGCAAUGGACUCACCGCGUACACCACCACCUUCAAACUCGGCCAUUGCAAGUCCCCAACAACAGUCUCUAAUAUUUACCAAUGCAUCAUAUGAAGAAUAUUUGAGAUUGGCCAUUAUCUUCUUCAACAAAUCAGGAAAGAAUUGGAAUCACAAAAAGUGGGCUUCUGACUUUCAUGCACUUUUGUUAGACGAAAUGGAGCUAUUAUUCGAAACUAUUAUGUCUCAGAAGAAUGAAGAAGAGAAAUACUUCUUCAAACUAAUGGAAUGCUUUUUCACAUCACUCAUCCUGGAUUUUCGACUUCCAUCUCCUGUCGAAUUUAGUUUGAACUUUGUAUUGUCAGGAUUUAAGGCACUUGAACGAGAUGUGUUUUAUCAGUAUUGCGACAAAGGAGUGUUUGAAAUCAACAAUCAAAUUAUUAAUGCUCUUUGUGACUCUGAACUAUUAUCAAAAGAAAAUCAUGACGAUGUUACAUGCUUAAAUUAUUUACUGAGAAUUAGCACUGAUCCUGUGAACACUUCUACUGUUAUUUCCUAUCUGGAAAAUAUCGAAGAAUGUCAAUUUGCCAUUUCCAAUCACUUUCAUGAGUGUAUUUCAUCGAACAUGGAUGAUUGGGAUGUGGAUCUGAACCAAAACUCAUUGAAAAAGGUGCUGAAAAAGAAACAACAAAAACAGGAAAAGAAAGAAAAUAGAGAACGAGAGCAUCAUAGUUUCAUCAGAGAUCAAAUUUUGAAUAUUAUCGGAAAACAUGGAAGUUAUAGCUCUUCAUUCUCUGCUUCGUUCAGCAAUAUUAAUGGAGGAGGAUCUUUAACACAAGAAUAUGGGUCUUUCAUCGAAGAUGCAAAAAGAACUUCUGAAGUGGAUAUGGAUAGUGAAGAAAACAAUUCAGAGUAUAGUGAUGUCAGUGCAUUAUCAGUCUCUGCAACACAAACAACAUUUGCUCCUUUAGUGUCCUAUUUACUUUCGAUUCAGAAACUGAGCUACUCACCCGUACCAAGCUCUGACAAAUCGCCACUAAGCGCACAAGACGUUCUUUCAAGAUCUUCCUCAGGGUUUGGACAACCUUUGACCCCUGGUAAAGAGGAAGAGGAUGCACACAUGGUUGCUGCUAAUCCAUUUAACCUCUACACAAAAGAAAGAGAGUUCAUUCAGAGUGUUGCUACCGAACAAUUCCUAAAAAGACACUUUUUUUGA